GCUGAUUUUGAGUUAAUCUUUUUCCCGAUGCUUUUUAAUUGUAAUUAUCUAAUUGUUUUUAAUAAUCGGUCAACUUAAUUAUGUCAGUUGAUUAUAUCUUUGAAUUGUCAACUGAUCAUGUACAAUUUGAACCGGUAUCUGCAAAUAAUAUAGUCUUUUUUGACGAUAACAAUCAGCAGGUGUUUAUGUUGAAGAAUGAUGGAUCUCAAGGAAUUGAGGUUAAAAGCCCGACAUCACAUUUCAAGCUCAAUCUUGUGCUGGAAGAUAGAAGUAGCAUCAAAUCAAUCAAACUAUCACCAAACUCUGAUGUAUUGGCUUUACAACGAUCUGGUAAUUCUGUUGAAUUUGUUGUCUUCUCAUCUGAGAAUCCAGUAUCUAUAUUCACACAAACAUGCAAGAGUAAAAUGACAACAAUAAUUGGUUAUGUUUGGACAAGUGCGAACGAAAUUGUUUUCGUAACUGAUUCUGGUGUUGAAUAUUAUGAAAUAAACCGAGCAAGAAGUUGCUGUAGACAUUUGAAAAGCUUUAAUAUAACAGUUAAUUGGUUCAUAUAUCAGCCCAUCACAUCAUUCAUGAUUCUUUCUUCAAGUCAAAGUGGAAAUAUCCUUCAGCCGUUUCAUUUCAAGGCCUCAUCAAUGAUUAAAUUGACCAAAUUUGAAGUUGAAUGGUCGGCUAAAUUAAAAAAUCAACGACCCAGCCUUUAUGAGCGUGACGUAGCCUUGGUUGAUCUUUACAAUCAAACAUUUUUAUUAGUUUUACAACAUGAAGCCGUUACCAAAGAUGAGAAAGGAUCACAAAUAGUUAUAUAUACUUUACAAAAAGAUGGACCUGCUCGUAAAACUCAUAUUCUACAAUUACGAUUAACUGGUCGAUUCGCAAUCAAUAUUGUCGACAAUUUAGUUGUGGUUCAUCAUAAAACCUCCCAAACAUCAUUAAUGUUUGAUAUUAAAUCUCCUUCCGGCCAAGUACAAUCGGGAAUAACUUACCUUUCACCGAUCCUUCAACCAAGUCCAAUUAGACCAUUUAAAAUUGAUGAAUCAACAUAUUGUGAGCUAUAUUCAACGAAUUGGGCAUUAUUUCAACCUGAUAUUAUUAUCGACGCUAAAUUGGGAUUUUUCUGGCAAUUACGAAUUAAUCUGCUACCAAUUUGUACAAUGAUGUCCAACGAUGGUCAAUUACUUGAUUUCCUACUCUUAAGGUCACAAGCUAAACCCGUAAUACUCAACCUAUGUAAAGAAGAGGUCACUCGUCAACCGAAAAGUUUCACCAACAUUAACCAUUUGGGUAAAAUUGGUUUCAUAUUUAAUAAGCUCAACAGUAUUUAUCGUGAUAAUAGAGAGUCAAAUCGUCACAAUUUACCAUCAACCAAACAAGGUUACAUUUCGAGUGCAAGUUGUACCAAUGAUUCAACGACAACUCAUAUUGACCAAACGGACAUGUUUUCAUUUGUCUUCUCGGUGUUUGAAGUUGAAUCAGAGCUUCGAGAUGAAAACUUUGUCAUCUCCGUUUUAUUUGAAUAUAUUCACUCUCUUGGUAGAUAUAAAAUUCCCGUUCAAUAUUUAAUCUACGAACUUUUGAUCAAUGUUCUAGUUCGAGGGAAAAAGUUCUAUCAACUUCACCAAUUCCUCCAAUAUCAAGUUCUAACUCCUUCUAAACCUUUAGCUUGUCUUCUUCUAUCCCUACAACCUCAUUAUCCUCAUGCCACUCAAUUGGCUCUCGAUAUGUUUCACCUUCUUCAAGUUUCAUCUGAACAUAUUAUUGACAUUCUACUCUCUCGAUUUGACAUUUUUCGAGCGAUAAGAUUUAUCCAAAAUAAUGGUAACCAGGAGUUAAUUUCAGCGAAAAAAUUUCUCGAAGUUGCUUUAGCCUCAGGCGAUGGUCAACUUUUCUUCAACGUUUUCCGUUUCUUUGAACAACGAAAUUUUCGCCUUCGAGGAUCACCAACAUUCAUUGAAAGUGAUUUAUGUGAACCAUUUGUUGGUAAAUUUGAAGAAAUGUUUGGCAAAUCAUCAAGCUUUUGAAUUCUAAUCAUCAACAAUCAAAACUUAGACACGAUUUCUUCAAGAUAAUUAACGGUUAAUUUUGAUUACUUUUGGAUAGAUGAUCAACUUUCAUUUUGGAAGAAAAUUUAUAAACUCAAUUAUUAUCAAUACAAUUUAGUAUUUUGUUUUAAUUACUCUCUGAUUGGUGAUACUUUAAAUCAAAUCUCACAAAUUUACUAUUAACUGAUUCAUCUAUUAUUAUUGUAAUUAUCUAGUUUAAUUACAAUCAACAUGAGUUGAUGAGAAAAAUGAUCAUUGUAUCAAUGAAUCAACAAACUAUUUGUUCAACAAAACCAAUUAACUGAUCAAUUUUGUUGAAAACCAAUUAAUUUAAUUUUAAAUUAUUACUCAACAACUAUUAUACAAUAUAGUUGUAACAAUCAAUCAAUUAACUAACGAUAAUAUAUGUAUCUUGUUUUUUCAUUAUAUUAUCAAGUAUUAAUUGCUAAAUCUAAUGGAAUUGUCAAUUUUUUCAUCAACAAUUAAAUAACAAUUUAUUUUUCUCCAAAUUAAAAUUGCUGAUACUUUUCAACUUGAUUGUUGUAUUUAAAUUGAAAAAGAAAACCAAAUUAAAAUGUUUCAUAAUUAAAAGAA